AUGUCCUGUCCAAUGAAAGAUUUUGAUAUUAAUGGUGUUAGAAAAGAUAGAGUCGUCACUACUUCUAAUGGUUACCAAUUAAAUGCACCUUUUGCUACUCAACGUAUUGGUGAACAUGGUCCUUUAUUAUUACAAGAUAACGCUUUAUUAGAUAAUUUAGCCCAUUUUAAUAGAGAAAGAAUUCCUGAAAGAAAUCCUCAUGCUCAUGGUUCUGGUGCUUUUGGUUAUUUUGAAGUAACUCAUGAUAUUACAGAUAUUUGUGGUUCUGCAAUGUUUGACACAAUUGGUAAAAAGACAAAAUGUGUUACCAGAUUUUCAACUGUUGGUGGUGAAAAGGGUUCAGCUGAUACUGUAAGAGAUCCAAGAGGUUUUGCUACAAAAUUUUACACAGAAGAAGGUAAUUUAGAUUGGGUUUAUAAUGCAACUCCAAUUUUUUUUAUUAGAGAUCCAUCAAAAUUUCCUGCUUUUAUUCAUACACAAAAGAGAAACCCACAAACUAAUUUAAAAGAUGCUGAUAUGUUUUGGGAUUUUUUAACAACUCCAAGUAAUCAAGUUGCAAUUCAUCAAUUAUGUAUUCUAUUUUCUGAUCGUGGUAUACCAAAAUCAUAUAGAAAUAUGGAUGGGUUUUCAGGUCAUGCUUAUAAAUGGUCAAAUAAAAAAGGUGAAUGGCAUUAUGUUCAAGUUCAUUUGAAGACUGAUCAAGGUAUUAAAUGUUAUACUUCAGAAGAAGCUGCAAUAAUUGCUGGUAGAGAUCCUGAUAUUUGUCACAGAGAUUUAUUUGAAAAUAUUGAAAAAGGUAAUGCACCAUCUUGGACAGUUUAUAUUCAAACUAUGACAGAAGAAGAAUCAAAACAUUUACCAUUUUCUGUGUUUGAUUUAACUAAAGUUUGGCCAAAGGCUCAAUUCCCAUUAAGACCAGUUGGUAAACUGGUAUUAAAUGAAAAUCCUCAAAAUUUUUUCGCUCAAAUUGAACAAGCUGCUUUUGCCCCAAGUAAUACAGUUCCAUAUCAAGAAGCAAGUGCUGAUCCAGUCUUACAAGGUAGAUUAUUUGCUUAUGCAGAUGCUCAACGUCAUAGAAUUGGUCCAAAUUAUAAUCAAGUACCUGUUAAUUGCCCAUUAUCAAAAGGUUUCUUUAAUCCAUUAAUUAGAGAUGGUGCAAUGAAUGUUAAUGGUAAUUUUGGUAGUGAAUCUAAUUAUUACAAUACAAAUAGUAAGUAUGAAUUUUUAGAACAAUCUAGACCAAUUCAAGAACAUCAAGAAAUUUGGAAUGGUCCUGCUGUACCAUAUGAAUGGGUUACUUCUUCAGGUGAUAUCGAUUUUAUUCAAGCUACCACUUUAUAUCGUAAAGUGCUAAGUAAACAAGAUGGUGCUCAAGCAAGAUUAGCUCAUAAUGUCGCCAUUCAUGCAGCAAAUUGUAAAUCUACAGAUUUACAGAAAAAGGUUGUCGAUAUGUUUUCGAGAGUUGAUGAACAACUUGGUAAUGAUAUUAGAACUGAAAUUAGUGCCAUUAAUUCAAGUAACGGUAAACCAAAGUUAUAA